AUUUCUCAAAGAGCAAUUAGACAAAUUUUUAACAGAUACAACUAAAUAUGAACGUUUUGAGGUUAACCAGUGCACAUUUAAUGAGCCAGAUUCAUAUACUUGUAGAAUAGCAUUAUUCUUAAAUGAUAAACUCGAUCAACCAAUUGACAUUGGUCAAGCUAUGAGAAAGGUUUGCAUUAAUUCCACGAUAGGUGGCAGGUGUAACUUUAUUAAUGCACCAGAAAUAAGUUCAGUGCCUGAUGAGAUUGAAAACUAUAUGACUAAGGACACUGGAAAUGACGAUGCAUUUUCAAUAGAAUUUGAUUCAACCAAACUGACCGAGACCAAAAUUACUACUUUUGAUAGCUGUGGAUCAGACACAUUAUUAUGCGAUGUAUGGUCGGAUUGUAAACCCGAAUCAGGCACCUCCGAGUAUCAAUGCUUAUGUAACCAGGACUAUUUUACAGUAGUUGACCGGACAAUAUUGCCAACUUCGGGGAAAACAUUAUAUAAAGAGAAAUGUGACAUUAAAGAUGAUAUUUGUAAGGAAUGCCAUUCGAAGUCCAAUACGGAUUGUAUACAAACGAUACCUGUGAUGGACAGUGCAAAACAAUGGACGGCACCACCUAAUUGCUCUUGCCUGGAUCAUUAUAAAAUGGACCACGAUAUGAAAUGUAUCGACGUUUGCGACGGCAUUCAGUGUAAUCAAGAAACUUAUCAGUCUAAGAAGGUGAAACACAGAGACAAUAAUAGUGUCCAACAAAUGAAUGACUAUUCAAACACAUCAUACAGAGUGGGCCAACACAAUGGCAAUAAUAACGACGGAUUUAAUCAAAACAUAACCCCAUUGCUUACGGGGGGUGUCGUCGUUAGCCUCCAGUAUAUACCCGAUCACGAGGGGUGUUAUGACACCGCAUGUAAACGCUAUGGUAUUCCCGAUGGCGAACACUGUGGCCGUGAAGUUAUAAUAUUUACGAGCAUUAAUAGGGCGAUAACCGCGUUCAUUGUGAACUUCACCAAAAACACGGAUAACACGGCUUUCGAUGUGCAAAUCUUAACCCACGGGACAGACCUCUUAAUAGGUUGUCCACCAGUUUUAUUAGACUUAAUAUUGGAGUGA